GGGUGGUAGGAUGGCGUGAUACUGUGAAUCAGUGAUGGCGGCAAGUGCCAUGUAACGAAUAGUCAUGAAGUGCCAUGGAUUAUGAUACGACGAUGUCAGAUAGAUUAUUACCUGAGGGAGAAACUAAGGCCAAUAUGAAUUACAAUUUUCAUAGACAAAAUCGUUGUUUUCGUUCAUAUCGGUUCCUUCUAUCUGUAAAUCUCAUUACUCUAACCCUGAUUUGUUUGUAUGUCUGGCAGUCGGAAGACGAACAUUGCAGACACAAGUUGUCUUCAAUGCUGGAUAACAUAAAAUCGCUUGGCUUAUGCGAAAGAUCAGUAAUAAGUGGGAAGCCUUUCAGGGAUCUAACGAGGCUAAAGUUGUAUGAGCUGGACCUGUCAAUGUCGAAGAAAUUGUCAAGCUUGUCAAGCUGCCUCGAUAAUGUAGAGUCACUAUUGAAUACUGUAUACAAAGAUGAACCAACAAUAUACGCCAUAACUCCAACUUUCGCAAGGCCAGUCCAGAAAGCAGAAUUGACGCGUUUGGCACAAACUUUCCUGCUAGUACCCAAAUUUCACUGGAUUGUUGUCGAGGACUCUGUUAAUAAGACCAGCCUGAUCACAAAUUUUCUGGCCACUAGUUUACUUUCUUACACUCAUUUAAAUGUGCCCACACCGACUACAUACAAGCUAGGAAAACGAGAUCCAAACUGGAAGAAACCUCGAGGAGUCGAACAGCGAAAUGCAGCUCUUCGAUGGCUUAGAGAAAACUUGGAUUCUAGUCAGAAUGGGAUUGUGUUCUUUGCUGAUGAUGACAACACAUACUCUGUUCAACUCUUUGCUGAAAUGUCAAGAAUAAAAAAGGUUGGCGUAUGGCCUGUCGGUUUGGUUGGUGGUUUGAUGGUCGAAAAACCAAUUUGUGAUAAGGAGACAAAAAAAGUCACUGGUUUUAAUUCAGUUUGGAAACCAGACAGACCAUUCCCAGUUGACAUGGCAGGAUUUGCAAUAAACUUGAAGCUCGUCCUCGGGAAAGAAGAUGCCUGGUUUUCAUAUGAUGUUCAAGGCGGAUAUCAAGAAAGUGAAAUUCUAAGACGAAUGGUCACAAAAGACGAGUUGGAACCAUUAGCAGGAUUUUGUACAAAGGUUUACGUUUGGCAUACAAGAACGGAGCAGCCAGUUCUUAGCGCCGAGCAAGUCCUGAUCAGAAAAGGAAAGCGAUCAAAUAUUGGUAUUGAAGUAUAAUAACACUGUCCUAUAAAAAUUACCUUUUUUUUGUCUCCAUAAUGUUUCAGGUAGUUUUUUAUCGACUUUUUUUACGCUGAUUCCGAAUUCGACAACGGCGCGUGACUGUACAAAACAACAUUAAAGUCUUUUACUUUUUCAAAUACUUGAUGUGAUGAAGCAUUUUUGUUGCCAGAUUCAGUGUCAGUCCAAAAUAUUAUCACAGAAAGCCAGAAACAUUUCGGAGACAAAAUCGUGUAGGACCGUGUCAUUGCAUACCGAGUACAUAUGCGAAGUGCCAUGGGGAUGACAGUAUUUCAAGUUUUCGGAAAUUUUUAGAAAAAUUACAUUACAUAAAAGUAUUCUCUAUGAAUCCUAACAUUUUGAAAUAUGUCGCAGAAGAAUUACUGAAGAUUUUGUGAAUUAAAUGUCAAAUCUAGAUUUUAUCAUUUAAUCUAAGUACUUAUGUUAAAUUCCAAUUUGACCGAAAACAUCUGAAGGAAUAUUUAAAGAAUCUAACAAAAGUGAGCAUAUCCGAACAAAGCACAAUUAUUUUCUUACACAUAAUUCUUAGAUUGUAAAUAUUUGUAUCAACUUCUUUAUAAAAGAGAAUUGUGUUCUCAUAAUAAUGUUUGCGAUAUUUUAAAUACAUACAUUUUGUCUGAAAGUGGCCUUAGACCAUAAAUCUAACGAAUGAUUGCUGUGUGAAUUGAAAACUGGAUGCAAUUAUUUUAUAGACUGUAAUAUUGUAUAAAUGUACACCUGCGUCCUAUUUGCGUGUAUUUUGCUCCUUGUAGCAAGUUGUCAGCUAAAAUUUGAGGGUAAAAUUAAAAAAAAACUACACUUUUCAAAA